AAUUGGAGAAGAUUGAAAGGAUGGUCUCAUAGCUUUAAAUCUUCAACCACCAAUCAUCUCGUCAAAUCCCCCGAUCCUUCCGAUUCUCAUCUCAAAAUGCACAGCAGCAAAGCACCCAAAAUCACCACCCCGUUCUCCUCCGCCGCUGCCAAAUCACUCGCCGAUGACGACGAUCUUUUACUCGAGAUCCUUCUCCGCUUACCCAUCCGAUCACUUAUACGAUUCAAAUCCGUUUCAAAACGAUGGCUCUCCCUAAUUUCCGACCCCACUUUCUGUCACCGUCGAAUGACUUUUCAGCCGUCCACUCCUUCAGGUAUCUUGUGCCGUCCACACUCGCAUCGUUUUUCCCCUGGAUUCGAUUUCGUCUAUUUGCACCCAAAUCCGCCUAGGGUGCCGUUGGAAUCACUUGAACCUUCUGUGCCGAAACGUAGAUUUGUAAUCCUGAAAUCCUGUAACGGCUUGUUGUUGUGUAGAUCGUAUCGGAAGAACGAUUAUUACGUAUACAAUCCAACGACGAAGCAAUACAAAAAGCUUCCCAAGCUUCAGAUGAACAAAAACAGCACAAGCAUUUAUCUUAAUUUAGCAUACGAUCCUUUACGAUCAUCAAAUUACAAAGUUGUUUGCGUUCGAGUUUUAGAUUCCACAAACUUCCAAAUCAAGAUUUACUCAUCUGAUUCCGGCUUCUGGAGGUUCUGCUGCGAGGGUUCAUCCAAAGCUCUUUUCAUCCUGGGAUUCAGCUGUGGAGUGUAUUGGAAUGGAGCUUUGUAUUGGUUAAGAUAUUUGGAAAACUGCAUUUGCUUGGAUCUGUGCCAAGAGAAACUCCAUCGAUUAGCAAUACCUCGAGCUUCCGAUGGUUGGGGAGACAGAACUAUAAAGUAUUUUGGGAAUUGGUGUGGGCGUCUUUACUGGAUCGAAGGUGUUGAUUCUCAAAGUACGGAAAUGAUUGUGUACGAGAUGGGAGAUGAUCGUGGUUGCGGGUGGUCUGUGAGGUAUAGGGUUGAUCUUCAAAGAGUGUGUAGUUUGUUCCCAGAUCCGAGUUCGGGAGUAAGAGCGGCGUUGAACUCCAAGUUCUCGGUGCUCGCCAUUGUUGAUCAGAGCGAGGUAGGUGAGGAGGAGGAGCCGUACAUUGUUCUUCUGAGCGGCGGAAAUGCCAUUCGAGUGAACGUGAUGAGUGGGAGGUUUGAAAGGAUGGAGUACUUAAAUAAUGGACGAACUGCCAACACUCCCCACGGGGUUGGACUAAUUGAUGCCCAUUUCUACAUUCAAAGUCUUGCUUGUGUUUAGCUCUCUCUUUGUAUGCUCCCAUUAAUUACUAUUUUAAAGCUUUAUGAUUCAAUUAAGUUGGUUUAUAUUAAGGUUUAGAUCGUUAAUGUAA